AUGGCAAUGAAGUUAAUACUUGUACUUAUAUGUGUGUCAUUACAUACAUUUACUCAUGGUUUUCAAUGUCCAGACGAUGGCCUCUUUGCUAAUCCACAAGAUGAACAUUCCUUCUAUCAAUGUGCACACGACAUAUUUUAUUUGAUGAAAUGUCCAGCUGGAUUAGUUUGGAAUCAACAAAUAAAUGUUUGCGAUUGGAAUACUUCUAAACCUACUAUCAAUUGUGAUCAUGAGAACCAACGCAAUUGUCGUGAAACGACUCAGUGGGCAACAAAAGGAAUUCCUCUUGUUGGUCGUGACAGAGAAUUUGGCUACGAUGGAUUCCAUUUAGGCUCACCGUUCAGCGUAUAUGUUGAUCGUGAACGCAGCAAUGUUUAUAUUGCUGAUACUGGAAAUCAUCGAGUUCAGAAGUUCAAUCUCAAAGUCAUCGGCAGUGCUGGCAUUACUGUGGCGGGUGGCAAUAAACCUGGUAAUGGAUCAAAUCAAUUAAAUAUGCCUUGGGCCAUUUAUGUUGAUAAGAAUGAAAAUGUGUAUGUAGCCGAUACUGAUAAUUCUCGUAUUCAAAUGUGGGCAAAAGGUGCAACCAGUGGCGUCACCGUCGCUGGAGGAAAUGGCAAAGGUAGAGGUCUGAAUCAGAUAGGUGCUUGUCAGGGUAUUUUUGUUCAUGAAGAAACCAACGCAUUAUAUAUAUCGGACUUUUACAAUGAUCGUAUCGUUAAAUGGAUUCCUGAGAAAGGUGAAGGUGUAAUCGUAGCAGGCAUCAAUGUAGGAGGGUCGGCAGCAAAUCAACUAAGUGGACCACGUGGGAUCUUUGUCGAUGAAUGCGAAACGAUCUACAUUGCCGAUUUAUGGAAUAAUAGAAUACAAAAAUGGAAGAAAGACGCAAUCGAAGGUAUAACUGUAGCCGGAGGUAAUGGACAAGGUUCAGGUGUUAAUCAACUGAGUAGUCCUUGGGAUGUCGAAAUCGACCAGUAUGGUAAUAUUUAUGUCGCCGAUACUGACAAUAAUCGCGUUUUGAAAUGGGCUCCAGGUGCAACCAGUGGUGUAGUAAUAGCCGAUGGGAACGGAUGGCUUACAGAUUCCAACAAAUUCAGCGGUGUUUACAGCAUAGGUUUGGACAAGGAAGGAAAUUUGUUUGUAGUCGAAAAAAACAGUCAUCGACUUCAACAAUUCAACAUCAUGUCAGGAACGAAUAAUUGUUGA